GCUCCGCGGCCACCGGGCACCGGAGCCCGCCGGGAACGCCGCGCAGCCGCCCGCCCGCCCGCCCCCCAUGGGCCGCGCGCCCCGGCGCUGAGUUUACCCCUAGCGUGAAGCAAACGUGGAGGUUGGCCUGCUCAGCCAGAGAAGCUGCUCGCGGAGGCGCAGGGCCCCGUGCUGGGCACUGGCGGGGAGGCGGCUGCAGCAGCCAUCUUGCCGCCCAGGACCGGCUCAAGCCGCCCUGCAGGAGGCCUCCCUCCCCCGCGCCCCCUCCUCUCCCCAGUGCGCCCUGGCAACACCCCCCCCCCCCCCGCUCGGCCUGCUCGCACAGUCGCCAUGGGAACCAGAUUCUUCAGGGCUGGGAACAGAUGCGCCUUCUUUGGCCUUUUCGCUCCCACUAGCGCUGGGUGGAGGGGAGCAGCUACCUCCGGAGUCGUGACUUGGUAGUCACUGAGCUCAGUGCCUCCGCCCCCUUCCACCAUCCUGAUACCACUCGCCGUAGAACCAGUCUCCCGGGGCUACGGCAGCCCCCUCCUGUCCCCUGGCAGGGCCCCUGAGGGCUCACGGUAGUGCGCUGACAUCUUCAGUGUCCCUCUUCCCCCUAGGAGUGCUUGCCCUUUUCUGGGCAGGGUUCCCGGCCAGUUGCGACCUUGCUGGGCCGGCCCCACCGGCUGGGGAGGUGGUGGAUAGCAUACACCUCCCCCGUUUUAAACACGGGGAAACGGAGGUCCCGGCGUGGAUCUAAGCGGGGUGGGGCUGCCUCGGGGCUCUCCUCCACCUCUCCGUGAGUCACUGCCCCAUGUGGACUCCUCCCUCUCCCUGGGAGCUAGGAGGGGGAGGGGACAGAGGAGCUGGUCUGAGCAGGCCCUGCCCCCCCAGGCCCCUCCUCCUAGCCUCACAAUGCAGCCCACGCCCACCAUGGCCCCUGCCGCCAGCACCACGGCCACGGUUGCCCUGACCUCGAGGUGGGACAACGCCACCGGCAGCCCCACCGCGGAGCCUGACCCCAUCCUGGACAACUACGCGCUGCUGGUGGUGGUCAUGUCGCUCUUCGUCGGUGGUGCGCUAGUGGUUCUGUCCGGCGUGCUGCUGCUGUGCAGGCGCUGCUGGGAGGCCCACCGGCGCUUCAACAGAGCGACGGAGGAAGCAGAGAAGACCACCACCACCUACCUGGACAAUGGUGCUCACCCGGCCCAAGACCCCGACUUCAGGGGGGAGGACCCUGACGGCCAGGAUGCAGAGACGGAGCGCUUCCUGUCCACCAGCUACACCGGCCGCCGGGUGUCCUUCAACGAGGCAGCCCUGUUUGAGCAGAGCCGCAAGUCACAGGACAAGGGCCGCCGGUACACCCUGACGGAGGGGGACUUCCACCACCUGAAGAAUGCCCGCCUCACUCACCUGCACCUACCACCUCUCAAGAUCAUCACAAUCCAUGAGUGCGAUCUGGGUGAAGCCAGCACCACCACCCCCCCCAAGGCCAACCUCGCCAUAUUCCAGCCCCCGGGGAAGGCCCUCACCGGCCGCUCCGUGGGCCCCAGCUCCACCCUGCCAGGUGACCCCUACAACUCAGCCGUGGGCCCUGCUGACUUCGAGAUCAGCCCCUUGGCAUCCAGCGACUCCGGGGAAGGCACCUGGGUGAGGGCCCCCGAGCGGCCCCUCCCCUCCCUGCCCCACUCCAGGACAGAGCUGGAGGCAGGUACCAGGAGCACUAAGCCUGUCGGGCCAGGGGCCACGACAGGGCCCCGAGAGGCAGGCCCAGGCUCCGGGGCCGGGCCUGUCCUGCAGUUCUUUACCCGCCUGCGGCGCCAUGCCAGCCUGGAUGGGGCCAGCCCCUACUUUAAGGUCAAGAAAUGGAAGCUGGACCCCAGCCAACGGGCAUCCAGUCUGGACACUAGAGGCUCCCCCAAGCGGCACCACUUCCAGCGGCAGCGAGCCGCCAGCGAGAGCACAGAGCAGGAGGAGGGGGACGCCCCCCACAGGGACUUCAUCCAGUACAUCGCCAGCGCAGGCGACGCUGUGGCCUUCCCGCCCCCCCACCCCUUUCUGGCCAGCCCCACCAGCCCAUCCCCCACUCUCGGCAGGCUAGAGGCAGCCGAGGAGGUGGGCGCCACGGGAGGAGCGAGCCCCGAGUCUCCCCCAGAGCGCAGCGGCGGUGUGGGGCCUGAGCAGCGGCAGCAGGAAUCUGAUGGUGAGCGGGACUCGGGGCCAGAGCAGGCCCAGACCAUCUACCGGGAUAUCUGGAGCCUGCGUGCCUCUCUAGAGCUGCAUGCCGCAGCCGCCUCGGACCACAGCAGCAGUGGCAACGACCGCGACUCGGUGCGCAGCGGAGACAGCUCGGGCUCAGGCUCCGGGACCACUGUGCCCACCUUCCCACCGCCCUCGCCGCCGCCCACACCUCGCUCCGCGGAUAGUGAGGCGGGAGGUCAGCGAAAACUGCUUCAGAUGGACAGCGGCUACGCCAGCAUCGAGGGCCGCGGCGCGGGCGAGGACGGGCUCCCCAGCGCGUCCGAGAAGCGCUCUUCCUUCACCAGCGCCGGCCGCACGGCCACUGUGGGCAGCAGCUUCGAGGGGGCGCUGGCGCCCACCGAGGCGCCCGCCCGGCCCCGCAGCCCCCGCGCCUGGCCCCGCCGCGCCCCGCGCCGCGACUACAGCAUUGACGAGAAGACAGACGCGCUCUUCCACGAGUUCCUGCGCCAUGACCCGCACUUCGACAAUGCGCUGCCCUGCGCCACCCGCCACCGCGCGCGCGCGCAUCCGCACCCCCACACGCGCAAGCAGUGGCAGCAGCGCGGCCGGCAGCACAGCGACCCCGGCGCGCGCGCCGCCACCCCCGCCCCGCCUGCGCUCACAUUCGGCCCCGACGCCCGCCCCACACGCGCGCCUCUGCGCCGAGGCGACAGUGUCGACUGCCCGCCCGAGGGCCGCGCGGGCGAUGACCCGGCUGCGCCCGCUAUCCCUGUCAUUGAGGAGGAGCCCGGCGGCGGCAGCGGCAGCUGCCCCGGCUCGGGCCUGUGCGUCGGGUCCCCGGGGACACUGCUGGACAAGCUGGCGGCUGGCAUCGACGACAGACUCUUCCCGCCGCGCCUCGCCCAGCCCAUCGCUGCGGCUCCUGCGCUGGCCGCUGCCGCCGCCGCGCCGACGUCUCCCGACCGUAGCCCGGCCUAAGCCCUGCGUCCCGCACCCACCUCGUCAGCUUCUCCGGUGCCGCUCGGGACCUCCGCCGCCGGACACGCCUGGGGCGCGACGCUCCGGUGGGCAAACGCCGGGCCCGUGGGGCCGCGCACGCGCUCGUCCUCUAGCCGCCCCCCAGGUGCGCAUGCUCAUGUCCUCGGGACACCCUCGGGCCGCCUCUGGUGCGCACGCGCACAGUCCCCGCUGGUCACCGAGCUGCAUCCGUCUGUGGCUCCUCAAAGUGCAGGGCUGGACUGGAGGGAGCGGGACAGGUUCUCAUCUUCGAGCCCCUGGGGACUACGUUCAUCUGCCUUUGGCCCCAGACAGCAGCCUCUGGGUGGGGGCGUCUUGGGCACAGAGCACCAGGAGGCGCACGCCCAGGACCCGCACCUUGGAGGGUCCGCGUGGAGGAGCAGAGUGAGGCGCAUGCGCAGGGCGCCCCUAGCGGGGCCAGUGGAGCCUUGAGGGGGUCCAGGCUGCGCGCGCCGGAGUCUGCAGCGGGGCUCCUGCGCCGAGCCCGCGGGGACCCGGACUGCGGGGGCAUGGGAGACGGGCGACGGGCGCGCUCGCUCUGGGCUGGCAGGUUGGGUGGAGGCCGCAGCCGCCAAACCCCUGAAGCUGUUUUACCUCACCGCGGCAUGUGCUCGCGGCAGUCUGCCCCCCCCGCGCCCCCUCCGAGCAAUAAAACCACAGCCCGCCGCCGCCCCCUCCCGCCCACCGUGUCCAAGUCCCCGCGCCCGCCCCAAGCAUGUGAGUGGGCCACCUGCCCGCCCCGCAGUUGCACCGUCCAAAGAGCUGCCAGAACUCAUUAAUGUUUGGAGACACACAAAACCCAAACGGCCAAGGUUUCAAGUUUCCCAAGCUUUAUUUAUUGCCAAAAGAUGGGGCAGCCCUCGCCUGCGGCCGAGUCGCCCCACCCCGCCCCGCCCCUCGGAGCUUCGUGCCGUCUGUGUACCAUCCAGUGAUGGAGUUUCUUGUGUUUGUUUUCUGGUUGAUUAUAAACAUUUACUGCACACUCUUGCUUAGUCCGGGUUUUCUCUGGGGACCCAGGAGCACAGAGACC